AUGACAGACAACCCAGAAGAGCCCUUGAUUGCCAACUUCCAAUCGACGGAGGGGGACCAACAUGAUGGCAGCCAUGAUGUCGAACAUGCGCAUGAAUCCCGGGGAGGGACGCAGCACAUAUCACCGCCAGGCCUGUUUAUCUGGCUACUUACCUUUUCCGCCGGAAUAAGCGGUCUACUAUUCGGCUACGACACAGGCGUAAUAAGCGCCACCCUUGUCUCUAUCGGUACCUCCCUCUCGCACCGGCCCCUAACCUCGCUCGACAAAUCCGUCAUCACCUCAUGCACCUCCCUCUUCGCCCUGCUCGUGCUACCCUUCGCCUCCGCGCUCGCCGACGACCGGGGCCGCAAGCGCGUCGUCCUCUUCGCCGACACCCUCUUCAUCAUCGGCGCCCUCUGCCAGGCCGCCAGCCGGACCGUCGAAGUCAUGGUAAUUGGGCGGUCGGUUGUCGGCAUAGCCAUCGGCGCCGCCAGCUUUGUGACGCCGUUGUACAUUGCCGAGCUGGCGCCUGCGACGCACCGCGGCCGGUUGGUGACGAUGAACAUCGUGUUUAUCACGCUUGGGCAGGUGGUUGCGUACGUGGUAGGCUGGAUCUUUGGGACGUACGGUAGUCCGGAGACGACGGGGUGGAGAUGGAUGGUCGGGUUGGGCGCGGUGCCGGCAGUUUGUCAGGUGGUCAUCUUGUUGUGGAUGCCGGAGAGCCCGAGGUGGCUGGUGAAGGAUGGAAGGUCGCAAGAGGCAAGGGAGGUGAUUGCUAAGAUUGCCGCGGGGGAUGAUGCGCAGGAUCCGUCGACGAGGAGGGAAGUGGAUGCUGUGUUGAAGAGCAUCGAGAUUGAGGUGAGAGAGGAGGCUACGGCUAUGAGACUUGGUGGCGCCGGGGCCGGGUAUGCGAAUGGGAAUGCGGUGAAUGCGUGGAUGGAGGCUAUGCGGGAACUGAUUAGGGUGAGGAGGAACAGACGGGCAUUGGCAAUUGCUUGUCUCCUCCAGGGACUUCAGCAGCUGUGCGGAUUUAACUCGCUCAUGUACUUCUCGGCCACGAUAUUCACGAUGGUGGGGUUUUCAGAGCCGACGCUGACCUCGCUAGUCGUUGCAGUCACCAACUUUGCCUUCACCUUAGUUGCCCUGGUGUUGAUCGACCGGGUGGGAAGGAGACGCAUUCUACUCUGGUCUCUUCCCUUUAUGAUUGCAGGUCUGGUGCUUGCCGGCUAUGGCUUUUCGUUCAUCGAGCUCCCGGAUUCAGAGAUCAGCUCGCCCUCGACAACGGGAGGACAGAGCGGGGCCGUCAUUAUUUUGGCGAGCAUCAUGAUUUAUGUGGCUGGCUAUGCCAUCGGACUGGGCAAUGUGCCGUGGAUGCAGAGCGAGCUCUUCUCGCUGAAUGUUCGGUCAGUGGGCAGUGGUGUUGCAACAGCGACUAACUGGAGCGCCAACUUUGUGAUUGGACUGACGUUCCUUCCGCUGAUGGAGGCCUUGUCGCCGUCUUGGACGUUUGUCCUGUACGCAGUGAUCUGCGCGGUUGGGUAUGGCCUGAUUUGGACGGUAUACCCUGAAACCGCAGGGCUGAGCUUGGAAGAUGCGGCGACCCUUCUAGAAGCGGAUGACUGGGGGGUGCGGUAA